AGGAGAGACGCUGAGCUGGAGCAGCUUUUACACACACAGGAUCACAUCCAUUUCCUGCAGAGUUUCCAAUCUCUCUCAGCUCCUCCUGAAUCUACAGAUGUAAAUGAUGAUCCCUUCAGUUCUUUCUCCUCUUUUGAUGGCGUGAGAAAAUCUGUCUGUCAGCUGAGAGACAAACUAGAGGAUUUCUGCAAAGAGGAGCUCAAGAAGAUCUCUGACAGAGUCACUUUCACCAACAUUGUUCCCAGAACCAGGAAUGACUUCCUACAAUAUUCCCAUCAGUUCACUCUGGAUCUGAACACAGUCAAUAAACGCCUCCGUCUGUCUGAGAGGAACAGAGUGAUUACUUACAUUGACACAGAUCAGUCAUAUCCUGAUCAUCCAGACAGAUUUGAUGGUGUGUCUCAGGUGUUGUGUAGAGAGAGUGUGUGUGGAUGCUGUUACUGGGAGAUUGAGUGGAGUGGUGAUGUGUUUAUAUCAGUGUCAUAUAAGAGCAUCAGCAGGAAGGGACGGGGUUAUGAGUGUUGGUUUGGAUAUAAUGAUCAGUCCUGGAGUUUGUUCUGUUAUUUCUCCAGUUACUCAUUCAGACACAAUAACAUAGUGACUGAACUCCCUGUAAAGUCCAUCAGCAGGAGAAUAGGAGUGUAUGUGGAUCACAGUGCAGGAACUCUGUCCUUCUAUGGCAUCUCUGGAGACACAAUGAGCCUCAUCCAUACAGUCCAUACCACAUUCCAGGAUAGACCACUCUAUCCUGGGUUUAGGGUUUAUAAUGAUGGAUCAUCAGUGAAACUGUGUUGAAUCAGAAUAGACUGUAGAGAGAUUCUACCCAUGAUAAAUCAGUAACAGUGAGAUGUUAUAGAGUCUCUUAUUUUAUACUACAGCUGAACUUCUGUCAGUGAAAUAACAUGUCAGAAUAAAUGUGUGUAAUGAAUCCUCAUAUAGACAGUAAGAUCAGUGUGUGUUUGUGAGUCAUGAUGAGUGAUGGUGUGUAUCUGUGCUUUUCACGAGUUCACAUUUUCAUAAAAUUAAAUACAGUAAGAGUUAUGCAUAUUUGGUGUGCUGUCUGGGUGGAGGGCUCCGAGCUCUGAAGUUUUGGCCCGAACCCAGAGUACUCCCCCAGUUGUGGUAAAGGUAGAUAGAACUGAGAUGAGGAGUGAGGGAUGCUGAUAAACUCUCAGAUGAACAGAGGUAAGUCUGCUGUAUUUAUACCUCUUGUCAUUGGUUUGCAUUGAUUAACUGAAUGCUCUCCACCUGAGCUGAUUAGGUUAAUUAUCUGCACCAGUUCCUCCCGAACUUUGUUAAUAAAACAUCAUUUCUCAACCUCUUUUUAAGUUGAUGGAAAUCACAGUCAUUCAGUUCUUAUUGUAGUGUCACAUAAAUAAUUUUUAUUAUUACUGUAAAAAUUACCUUUCAUUAAAAUGUAUCAUUCCAUAAAAAAUGUAAUUUGUCAUAAAAUUGAAAAAUGUCAAUUUAUUAAUAAAUGUAAAAUAUAUAAACCCAAAUUAUUUGAUCAUACUGUAAACUCUUGAUCAGUGAAAGUAUGAGCACAAUUAUACUAAUCUAAUCCAAUUUAUUUUAAAUAAACCUCUUGAACAGGAUUCAUUUUUUAUACAUGAUUCUCUGUCAACGUCUCACCUAGGCAGACAGAUUCAUUCUCCUUCAGUGGUGACAAUCAUUUCUCUUUGCUGGAUCUUGAGAUUUGAAGCCGCCUUCGCCUGCAAGCAGCUUGAUUUGGCAGACUCAGUGCCUCUCUCCUGCAAUCUGAUCAGCUCGCUGCUUCUCAGCUCGCUGCUCUCAAGAAGCUCUGAUCAGUGCACCGCUUCUCAGAAGCCGGAUUAGUUCGUCGUUCUCAAGCAGUUCUGUUUCCCACGCGGCUCCCAAGCAGCAUUGUCAGCGCUUCGCUCAUGAGCCACCUGCAGCAUUAAGUGUGCCUGUGUCUGAGCUUCCCCUGCCUUGGCAGGCAAAUAUGAGAGCAUAUUUCUAAAAGCACAUUUUCUCUGCAACAUUGUUGCAAUGUCGCACCAUGGCUGUGGCUCAGUGAGUGCGUGCAAUGUCUGGGGAAAUCCCACGCAGAAGCCGUGUUGAAAUUACCUGUUCUCACCGCGAGAGCAUGAGUCUAGCCUCUCUGCACUCGUGGAUAGCUUUCUUUUCCGAGAGUGACUCUGCCCCUCACACCCUCCUGUUUGUUUCCUCCGAGGAGCCUGUGAGGAAAAAACAGCAGGGCAGAGGAUCUCAGUGCUCGGAUGAGAGUGAGCUCAUGUCAGCACAGGUCCUGCAUUCCUCACUCUCUCCACAGAGAGAGGUUUCCCCCGUCUGCUUCUCCUGCGCCCCUCUGCCAUUGCGAGUGACCUGGUCUCAUUCAGGGGAUCUUAUGACGAGACACUGGAUGACAGAAUGAGCUCGGUUUAGAAUGGUCUGUGCCUGAAGAGCCCACACGCAGCCUCUUAGAUGAGUGGUUCCUGCCGGGAUGCCGCCAGGCCCCUCCGCAGCGAUCUGCAACCUUCUUCCUGGAGGUACAUAAUGAGCUCAGGAAAUCGUGGCGUGCCCCCUAUUCUGCCCGCCUCCGCUCAUCUAUCUCUCACCUCUGUUGAUGGCAGUGAACAGAAGGACUAUGAAAAGCUCAAUUUACGGUUCAAUUCAACAGAGAGAUCAAGGACUCAGACAAGACCAUCUUCCUUGACUCCCCGAUCUCCCCAAUUGGCCUCUUUGGUCCUGCUGUUGACAGGUUCGCCGAACGUUUCACUGCCGCGCAAAAGUCAUCCCAAGCCAUGCAACACUUUUUGCCAAAGCAUUCCAGCUCCUCUGCUUUGAGUCGCCCCGGGCCCUACUCUUUUCGACGUACAUCCUGUGAUUUUUAACGACCACUGAAAGUCAGGACCUUGGUUUAAUGUCUCAUCUGAAGGACAGUGCUUUUUGACAGUAUAGUGUCCCCAUCACUAUACUGGGGUGUUAGGACCCACACAGACCACAGGGUGAGCACCCUCUGCUGGCCUCACUAACACCUCUUCCAGCAGCAACCUAGUUUUACCAGGAGGUCUCCCAUCCAGUUACUAACCAGGCUCAGCCCUGCUUAGGUUCAGUGGGCAACCAGUCUUUGGCUACAGGGUGAUAAGGCCUCCGUGACGAACGUGCAUGUCCUGUGCUCCGAGGUGAAAACUAUGCUGACAAAGAGAGCCAUAGAAGUGGUUCCUCCG